AUUCAUCAUACGUUUUGCUCAUCUCUUUGCACUCAUUUCCUGCAAAAUACGAGAAACAUGAAACUCUUUAUUUUCCUUUCUUUCAGUGUUCUCAUGUUACUUGAAGCAUUCGGGAAUAGCCAUGAAACUGAUAAGCAAGCUUUACUCAAGUUCAAGUCUCAAGUUUCUGAGGAGAAAAAAGUUCUGCUGUCUUCAUGGAACAAUUCCUUCCCUCUCUGCAAAUGGAAGGGGGUUACAUGUGGCCGCAAACACAAGAGAGUUACUGGUUUGGACCUUGGAGGAUUCCAAUUGGGUGGAGUGAUAUCGCCAUUUAUUGGUAAUCUUUCGUUUCUCACAUCAAUUAAUUUUACUGAUAACUCUUUUGGUGGAACUAUCCCUCAAGAGCUGGGAAACUUGUUUAGACUUCAGCACUUGAAUAUGAGGUUCAAUUUUCUGGGAGGAGGGAUUCCAGAAAAUCUGUUCAACUGUUCUAGAUUGUUGGACCUUUCUUUAUAUUCAAAUCAUCUUGGACAAGGUCUUCCUUCAGAACUAGGAUCAUUGAGGAAGCUUGUUACUUUAAACCUUCGUGGAAACAAUUUGAAAGGAAACCUCCCUGUAUCUUUGGGAAACUUGACAUCCCUAAGAGGACUUUCCUUUACAGAAAAUAAUCUGGAAGGAGAAAUUCCUGAUGCCAUAUCUAGAUUGACUCAAUUGGAGCUUUUUUUAUUAGCAAGUAACCAUUUCUCUGGUGUUUUUCCUCCUGCAAUUUACAACUUGUCCUCACUUAUGUAUUUGAACAUGUUCGGUAAUGGUUUCUCUGGGAAACUGAGGCCUGAUUUUGGUAAUUUGCUACCAAACCUUCUAGAAUUGUCUCUCGGAAGGAAUUCUCUCACAGGAGCCAUUCCAUCAACACUUGCAAAUAUUUCAACUCUUCAAUAUUUGGGCAUGGAGUUUAACAGUCUGACAGGAAGUAUUUCUCCUGGCUUUGCAAAAAUACAAGAUCUGCAAGUACUAUCCCUUGGUAAAAAUUCUUUGGGAAAUUUUUCAGCUGGAGAUCUUGAAUUUCUUGUUGCUUUGACUAACUGCACCCAACUGCAAAAGGUAGAUGUGUCAUUCAAUAGGCUUGGGGGUGACUUGCCUGCCUCCAUUGCCAAUCUGUCAGUGAACCUCAACAAAUUAUAUCUUCGAAACAAUUCCAUAUCUGGAAGCAUUCCUCAUGGUAUUGGAAAUCUCAUAGGCCUACAAACAAUUUGGUUGUCCGAAAAUCUAUUGAAAGGACCAAUCCCAACCUCUUUCGGAACACUUCCAAGAUUGGUGGAAUUAAGUAUCCAUGCAAAUAGAAUGUCAGGAGAGAUACCAUAUUCUUUAGGCAACAUCACUCAGUUAGAAAAACUCUAUUUGGACAGCAAUAGUUUUGAAGGAAUCAUUCCUCCAAGUCUUGGUAAGUGUAGCUAUUUGCUUUAUUUACGUAUUGAGAACAAUAAGCUGAAUGGCAUUAUACCUCAAGAGAUUAUGAAAAUUUCAACCCUUUUUUUCCUAAGCAUGUCAAAUAAUUUAUUUACUGGCUCUCUACCAGAAGAUGUUGGACGACUUGAAAAUCUUGGUAAGUUAUAUGUUGCUCAUAAUAAGCUAUCAGGGAAACUCCCAGAGACUUUAGGAAAGUGUCUCUCACUGGAAAAACUUUAUCUCCAAGGCAAUUCUUUUGAUGGAAUCAUUCCAGAUAUAAGUGGAUUGGUGGGUAUUAAGGAGGCUGAUUUCUCAAGCAACAAUCUCUCUGGAAGAAUCCCUCAAUAUCUCGCAAACUUAAGCUCAUUGGAAUAUCUCAAUCUAUCCUUCAACAGCUUCGAGGGUAAUGUGCCAACAGAAGGAAAAUUCAAAAAUGCUACUAUACUCUCGAUAAUUGGAAACAAAAAUCUUUGUGGAGGCGUCUUGGAACUGCGACUAAAGCCAUGUUUUACACAACCAGCAGGAAACUCAAGAUCGAAACUUGUGAUUGGGGUAAGCUUGGGAAUAUCUUUGCUUGUGCUUUUGUUCAUAGCUUCAAUUUCUCUUUGUUGGUUAAAAAGCAGAAAGAAGAAAAAUACCAAUGAAGCAACUCCUUCCACCUUGGGGUUUUUUCAUGAAAUGAUAAGUUAUGGAGAUCUUCGAAAUGCGACAGAUGGCUUCUCUUCGAGUAAUUGUAUCGGGUCAGGCAGCUUUGGUACCGUGUUUAAAGCCUUUCUGCCUGCUGAGAACAAGGUUGUUGCUGUGAAAGUUCUAAACAUGCAGAGACGCGGAGUAAUGAAGAGCUUUAUGGCAGAAUGUGAAUCCUUGAAAGACAUUAGGCAUCGUAAUCUUGUGAAGCUGUUGACAGCUUGUUCGAGUAUUGAUUUCCAAGGAAAUGAUUUCAGAGCUUUAAUCUAUGAGUACAUGCCACAUGGAAGCUUGGAUAUGUGGCUGCACCCAGAGGAAUCUGAAGAGAUUUCUAGGCCCUCAAGAACAUUGACACUUUUGGAAAGGCUUAACAUAGCGAUAGAUGUGGCUUCUGUUUUGGAGUAUCUUCAUCUUAGAUGCCAUGAAGCUAUUGCUCAUUGCGAUCUCAAACCAAGCAACGUUCUUCUAGACGAUGAUCUAACCGCCCAUGUUAGCGACUUCGGUCUUGCUCGGAUCCUUCUCAAAUUCGACCAGGAUGCCUUCAUUAACCAACUUAGCUCGGCUGGAGUCAGAGGAAGCAUCGGCUAUGCGGCCCCAGAAUAUGCAAUGGGAGGAGAGAUAUCAGUACAUGGAGAUGCAUAUAGCUUUGGGAUUGUCAUUUUGGAAAUGUUCAGUGGAAAACGACCAACCGAUGAGAUGUUCGGAGGAGACUUAACCCUCCUUAGCUGCAUCAGGUCUGCAUUGCCAGAGCAAGUUUUGGAUGUGGCAGACGAAUUGAUUCUUCACAACGGUCUUAGAAUCGGCUUCCCUGUUGCUGAGUGCUUGACGAAGGUUUUAGAAGUAGGACUUGGGUGUUCUGAAGAGUCUCCAGCAAACCGCUUGAGAAUGAGUGAGGUUGUAAAAGAAUUAAUAUCAAUCAAGGAGAGGUUCUUCAAAGUCAGAAGAGGAGCUAGACAUUGAAGUGUCGUCUUGUAUCUAUGCUUGCUCCUCUACAAACUUGAAAGACUUGUAGAUGUAUAAUAUUUCUUCAUAAUAUGCUUUGUUGUGACAUAAUGCUACGGUAUUAGCAGUCAAAUUAAAAGAUGAAUGUUGGGUAACCAGUUUGAUAUGGAAUUUAUGGGAAAACAUUAUUUCUUUUGCAAUUUGAUAUGUAAUAGGACAAAACUUAGGUUCACCCCGUUAAAUUCAACACUCAUCUUAUAACCAAUCAAAAUCUCAGCUAGAAUAUUAAUAAAAAUAUUAACUUUAAAAAAAAAAUCAAAAAUAAUUGGAAAAAAAAAUGAUGCCACUAACAAAAUCCUAAAUCUUAAACUUUAAACCCUAAAUCAUAAACCCAAACUUUAAACCCUAAAUCCUAAACCAAACUCUAGAUCAUAAACCCUAAACCCUAUACCCUAAACCCAAAUCCUAAACCUAAACCCUAAACCCAAACCCUAUAUCAUAAACCUGAAUCUUAGAUCCUAAACUCAAACCGUAAAUCCUAAACCCAAAAGGUUUGAAUUUGGAUUUAAGGUUUAAAGUUUGGUUUAGGGUCUAGGAUUUGGGUUUGGGUUUAAAGUUUACGGUUUGGAUUUAGAGUCUAGGAUUUGGAUUUAUAGUUUGGGUUUAGGGUUUAGGAUUUGGGUUUAUAGUAUAAAGUUUGGGUUUAAGGUUUAUUAUCUGGGUUUAGGAUUUAUUAUUUGAGUUUAGGGUAUAGGAUUUGGGUUUAGUAUUUAGGGGAAAGAUUUAAAUUUAGGGUUUAUAAUUUAGGAUUUAAGGUUUUGUUAGGCAUCUUUCUUUUUUUCAACUAUUUUAAAAAAUUUAUUUAAAAUUUAAUAUUUCUUAUUAGUUAUAUGGUGGCACUUUGAUUGGUGGUAAGAGAGGUGGUGAAUUUAAAGGUUCACCAUAAGAGAUGUUUACUAAGUUUUUGUCUUAUGUAAUACAUGUUUACUAAUUUUACAUAUCUAUUUUUAAAUUUUACUAUAUGGCUGGAAGACCAGAAAUUUGGGAGCAUUGCUGCAUUUAUAUAGGAGGAAAAUGGUUGAAAGGAAGUUUUGGUGUACAGUUGGGUACAGCUUCCAAAAAAACUUUACAACAAUCAGGAGCUAUGGUACCAAUUUUACCAGUCAAUACAGAUUAAGUGAUCCCUUCAAAACAUCCUGGAAUAUUCUUCAAUGUUGAUAAACAUUGGUUCACGAGAGACCAAAGCGGAGGUAGAAACGGCGGUAAUUGAUCAUUCACAGAACGCAGAACAUGAUGCUCUAGAACCGCAUAUGAGCCGGGAAACACUGGAUUAUCAUUGGGGCAAGCAUCACAAAACUUACGUUGAGAACCUGGAGGUGGAGGAAAGCCAAGUGGAGAUCUCCUCAGACUGAUUGAGAGAGACUUUGGGUCUUUCAGUGACUUUGUAGAAAGGUUCAAGGCAGCUGCAGCCUCUAACUUUGGUUCAGGUUGGACUUGGCUUGCAUACUAGGCGAAUAGACUUGACGUUGCAAAUGCAGUAAACCCGCUUCCAAAGGAGGAAGACAAGAAGCUUGUGAUAUAAAAACUCCCAAUGCAGUAAAUCCACUCGUAUGGGACUAUUCUCCACUUCUCACCAUUGAUACAUGGGAGCACGCUUACUAUCUGGAUUUUGAGAACCGAAGAGUCGAAUACAUAAAUACAUUCAUGGAAAAGCUUGUGUCAUGGGAAACUGUAAGCACAAGGCUAGAAUCUGCAAUUGCUCGAGCAGUUCAAAGAGAACAAGAAGGAACUGAAACAGAAGAUGAAGAGAAUCCAGAUGAUGAAGAGCCAGAGGUUUACAUAGAUGAUGCAUCUGAGGAGGUUGACUAACAAAACUGAGAAUCAAUGAUAAACACAUUUAGCUUCUGAACGAAAUAUCAAUUACAGAUCCUAAGCUUUCUGCUUGUUAAGCCCUAAGCUUUAAAUAAAUUUUGUGGUUUCUUUGAAAAACAAAAACAAUAAAUUUUGUGGUUUCUUUGAAAAACAAAAACUGAAUGUUA